AUGGAAACUGAAGGAGCUUCGUUUGGGGAGCAACUGUUAGAUGCCUCUAGAAGAAAUAAUGUCGAUUUGUUGGAGACUGUGUUCAGCGAUUUAGCUAAUGAUCAUAAAAAGAUUGCCGACUUGAUAAAUUCAUCAAAGGAUCCAUUUGGUAACACAGCACUGCAUCUAAGUUGCAAAUACGGGUCCUGGGAGGUUUUGGAUAAGAUUCUCGACUUGGAAGGUGAUAUUGAGAUCGAUCCAAAGAAUAAUAUCGAUGGGGAAACCCCUUUACAUUGUGCUGUGAAAUAUUCUCAGACUGAACCUGAACAUGGCACCUUCAUCGCCAGUAAUUUGAUCCAGGUUGGUGCAGAUCCAAGAUUGAAAAAUAACAAUAAUCAAAGGCCAAUUGACUUGAUUCACAGCGAAGAGUUGGACGAUUUGAUCGAUCUACUACAAGGUGCGGAAUUGGCAGCCGAUCAUGCCAACGAAGCCAUUAAUGAGAGUGAAGCUGAACUAAUAGAAGAUGAAGAUGACGACAGGGAAGAUGUUCCAAUCAGUGCUGCAAACUAA